AUGCUGCCACACGAAAACCACGCAUGCAUGCAUAUGUCCACCGCCGCCGCCGCCGCCGCCGCCGCCGCGCUUGUCUUCCUGGUCCUAGCGGUCUUCGCCGUCAACCCCGCGGCGUCGGGAGCAACUACCGGCGGUCGGGAUAAAAACUCGCCUCAUUACAACAAUGCCGGAGCUCAGUCGGGUGAUGCGCACCGCGCCGCACAAGAGGUGGGGUGCGGCGUGACAGGCGGCUGCGCCACCCUCGACACGUGCGGCAGCGACAGCUCCGACGCGGACUGCGCGGCUCCGGACUCGUACGUCUGCGAGCACCAGCUGCCGGGCCUUAGCGUCUGUGAGUCUCCUCCCGUUGCAUCGAUGCAGCCGUGCUGGAUGUCCGGCUUGGAUGGUGCCCUUAGGCUUAACCAGAUCAGCCUGCCGGGCACGCACAACACGAUGUCGAAAGGGAUCUCGGCCUGCCUGCAGGAGGGCCUGGCGAACUACGUGCACACGCAGGCGUGGUCGCUCCGAACGAUGCUCGACACGGGGGUGCGAGCGAUCGACGUCCGGAUCCGCCGCAAGAGCGACCUCUCCCUGGUCCUGGAGCACGGCAUCGCGGAGCUCCCCUACGGCUUCGACGUAGACGUUCGCGACGUGCUGGCCUCCUUCCUGUCGGACAACCCCACCGAGGCGGUGGUCAUGUUCUACCAGAUGAACGACCGGGCGGGGGAGGACAGCAGCGGCGGCGUGACCGCCGAGGACACCCUCCAGGCCUCCAUGUCCGAGUAUCCGGACCUGUGGCUCGACGGGGCGGUCAUCCCUACCCUCGAGGAGGCAAGGGGGAAAGUCGUCCUGCCCACGGACAUGGGCCAGGAGGAGCAGAACGACUUCAACCUCGAAUUUUUCGAGGCCGUGGAGACCAAGAAGGGGUUGGUCCGAGACUUCUUCCUGGAAGGAGGCGGUGUUCCGGCCGAUGGCGGUCCGUUCCGCCUGAAUUACCUGUCCGGUACGGGGACGUACGUGUACCCGCUGACGGUCGCCGCCGGGCUGAAGAGCGUCUACCAGGGCACGAACGAGGUUGUGUUCGAGUUCUCCGGGGGUGGCCUGGGCGUGGUCAUGUUCGACUUCGUAGGGGAGGACGCCGUCGCGCACGUCGUGGCGCAGCAGGGAACCGACGGCCUUUCUUGGGACCAACCACAAGAGGAGUCAGCUACAUCACCGGAAAUCUCCGGGGCGACGUAGCGAUAAGAGCCGAAUGUUUCCUAACCACCGUGAUGUAUUAUUAUGAUUUUGAACUGCUGUCCUGUAUGCUUGAAGUGCUUGGUGUUGUGCGAGUUUUUUGUGGCCACCGCUGUAAACGUAGCUUCAAGGGCGAACGUGACUCUCUCUUCUAGCUCAUUCGAGUGAUUCAGGUUGCCAUAAAGUCGGGCCUAGAAGGCAUUGUCUUCGGUGUGGGCACCUGCGCACAAGUAGACCGGUCUCUUUGUGAGAAGUCCUUGCUCAAGUGAUACGCGGAGAUGUGUGUUCGAUUGCUUUGUUUUACGUGUAGUCGAAUCGUGUGUGAGAUAUGUCUCCGCUGUACCAUUUUGUCAAAAAUCAUCAAGUAGUUUUAGCCGCAACGGCAUUCUAGCGUUGUGUGUGGUGCGUGGAAGUAGAGCGAUUUGCAGGUUCGUUACAAAAUUAGCACGUGGUAGAUUGGCUACGUUUGUUGGUACAAAUAUGCUUCGCUUUUUUUUUCGUAUUUGGUGUAUCUGGAGAAGCGCUGCAAGUUUCUAAAUCCUAGACGCCACGGAGAGGACGCGUACUCCACACCACGUCGGUAAAUUUUGGAGUGUUGCCGUCCCAACCCGAGUUUUGGCGUUGCAUGCGCAUGCAGCGGCGCGGGUUGAUGGGGGUUCUGGCAGCUGACGACGAGGUGUUACGCGCGACUGGACGGGUUCGUCUGCAUCGUGAUUUUUUUUUGUGUUGCUCUGUGGCUCUAUUGUAUGCAUAGAGCGCUGUAUCAGUCAUUUGUGUGGGAGGUAGCGACCAGACUUGCGCGGUGGGGUGUCUACUCGUAUGGGCAUCGAUCAUCAUGGACUUUGUACUUUCAUUCAACGAAGAGAACGGUACACACGGGGUAUGUAGCAGCUUGUUUCCUCAGCCCCUUGAUAGCCCGGACGGAUAUGCCCUUCCGUUCCGUUGCGAACCCGUGUUGUCAACGUGCUCUGCAGCCCACGGCUAUGGAUGAAUGUCACUGUAUCCACGGGGAUUUUAACAGGACGGAACUUUCGCAACACCAGCCGCAACACAUUUGGCAAACCCUGAGAAACACACGCAAGGUUAACACUUCUACAACGGCGCGGCUGCCCUUGCCACUCAUCCUUCCCUCCACCUCCGACAACACGUUCCGGCCAAAUAGUCCAUCCUUUUCGGAAGCCAAGCCUCUACGAGCGAGGGAGCGAGCCACUCAGGAGGAUGGCCGUCAGUCUGAGACUGAGCUUGAAAGACACCGUAGCGUGCUCGGUUUUCUCGUCAUCCAAAAUGAGGGGGGGGGGGCUCGAGGCAAACGAAGCCUUGAUCUAGUCGUCGUGUCGACCAACAUGACGCGAAAGCAGACAAAACACCUUCCGCUACUCUAGAUGAAAAAGCGCAGGCACAGAGAUAAUAAGCAGUGGGCUGGCCUGAGAGGCCACAUCGGCACGGCCAUCCCGUUUCCUUGCUGGUAAGUAGCACCUCUGAACUACAACGGCAAUAUAUGAACCCAAACAUGACAAUCUCCCCCUUGCCGUGCCCAACCAAAAGCAGCAAAAUAACUCAAAAACUCCAUCAAUAAAAAUCAACGGCGGUGCACCCCUCUCGAAAGCACUACCGGAGAUCGGCGAUAUCAACAGAAACUUGCGGCGGCAUACCCCCUCUCGAAAGCACGGCUGGAGAUCGACGAGCACUCUCUGUGUGGUUUUACAUCCCGAAAGCAAAGCUGGAGGUGCGAGCUCUGUACCCACAAACCAAUCCCUUGCGCACAGCCAAAGCUUUCACUUUCGGACGCCUGCACAUUUGUUUGCUUCCGCCCGUCGAUUAUUCCUACGUGCUCAAUCUCUAUUUAUAUCCCGCCCAGUGUACCAACACAGCCACCUCUUUUCCUCGGUACGGACAUGCGUUCAACCAAGAACAGGCGGCACGAGAGAAAACACGCGCGAAUUUCGAAAACCCAAUAAAUGACCCAUGUCCUCCUACCGCGCGAAGACGGCUCGGAGCCAAGCCACGAAGCAAGAGAGACCAAACGAGGGAGACAGUGAGAGAGACAGAGAGAAAGAGAGAGAGUCAGAAACAGACCACGAGAGAGAGAAGCCUGCACUCCCUCCCCCGGAGAAAUCAGCAAAAGCCAACAACCCAUCUCCUCCCAUUUUCUUGAAAACCGCUCGGAGUCACGCCAAAGAGAUCGAAGCAAAAGAGACUCAAGAGAGAGGGAGAGAGAGAGAACCCU